CCAGAACUCCGGGGUCGCAGUCGGAGGGCCGGGUUGCGCCGAGGCCGAGGCGGAGAAAUGGGAAUCUCUCCGCGUCGUGCCCGGGGCCGCUACCUUCUCGGGGGAAGCAGCUGUGUCUUCGAGGAAGCCGGAAGCCCGUGGUGACCCCUGGCGACCCGGUUUGUUUUCGGUCCGUUUACAAACAAUUGGGGAAUCGAAACUCAGCGGCCCUAGGGCGGCCUUACGUUUCCUGGGUUCGGGCUGUCAUGGAUGCACUAGUAGAAGAUGAUAUCUGCAUUCUGAAUCAUGAAAAAGCUCACAGAAGAGAUACAGUGACUCCAGUUUCAAUAUAUUCAGGAGAUGAGUCUGUUGCUUCACAUUUUGCCCUUGUCACUGCUUAUGAAGACAUCAAAAAACGACUUAAUGAUUCAGAGAAAGAGAACUCUUUCCUAAAGAAAAGAAUAAGGUUUUUGGAAGAAAAGCUUGUAGGAGCUCGAUUAGAUGAAGAAACAAAUUCUGUGGGACGAGAACAAGUAAAUAAGGCCUAUCAUGCAUAUCGAGAGGUUUGCAUCGAUAGAGACAAUUUGAAGAGCAAAUUGGAUAAAAUGAAUAAAGACAACUCUGAAUCUUUGAAAAUAUUGAAUGAGCAGCUACAAUCUAAAGAAGUAGAACUCCUCCAGCUGAGAACAGAGGUGGAAACUCAGCAGGUGAUGAGGAAUUUAAAUCCACCUUCAUCAAACUGGGAGGUGGAAAAGUUGAGCUGUGACCUGAAGAUUCAUGGUUUGGAGCAAGAGCUGGAACUGAUGAAAAAAGAAUGCAAUGAUCUCAAAAUAGAGCUACAAAAAGCCAAACAAAUGGAUUCAUCUCAGGAAGACGGUCUGAAAAGUAACGAUCUCCAAAGACUAAGCAUUUCAAGUGAUAAUAUGCAACAUGCAUACUGGGAACUGAAGAGAGAAAUGUCUAAUUUACAUCUGGUGACUCAAGUACAAGCUGAACUACUAAGAAAACUGAAAACCUCAACUACAAUCAAAAAAGCUUGCACUCCAGUUGGAUGCACUGAAGACCUUGGGAAAGAUAGCACAAAAUUGCACUUGACAAAUUUCACUGCAGCAUACAAAAGACACAGCUCUCCACCAAAUGGCAAACCUCAUUGUCAUACUAUAUCUUCCCCUUUGUCAGGGGAUAUAAAGGUUUUAUCAGAGAAAGCAAUUCUCCAGUCAUGGACAGAUAAUGAAAGAUUGAUUCCUAAUGAUGGUACAGACUUGCAGGAACACAACUCUUACGGCAGAAAUUCUCUGGAAGAUAAUUCUUGGGUAUUCCCAAGCCCUCCCAAAUCAAGUGAGACAGCAUUUGGGGAAAUUAAAAGUAAAACUUUGCCUUUACCCAACCUGCCACCCCUGCAUUACUUGGAUCAACAUAAUCAAAACUGUCUUUAUAAAAGUUAAUUGUGAAGAGAUUUGUGAUUUGAUCACAAGGUCACUGUAUCUCUCUCAGUGGUUCUCCCAAGAAAUUAUUUAACAAACUAAAAGUGGAUUUUGAUUUAAAUUUUGCCUUUCUUCAGUAUAUACAUUUCAAAUAAGGUAUAAGUGGUUGGUUUUCUAGUAUGAAAGAAGAGCACCCUGCAGCUCUAUAUACUAAGAAUCAGAUAAUAUGCUAACUAUAUUAAUGAAUAAAUUUAAAGUGUUUAUAAAGAUACAUCUGGCAUUUAUAACAAUUGUGAAAUUUACCAUAGGUAAAAAAUAGAAUUGGAGACAUUUGGACAUGGUGUGACAAGGUAUGUGGAAUGCCUAAAUACCCAUUCAUAAAAGGAAAGGUAAGCCUCUAAUAUAGGAAAAAACCAUGUACAUUGGCUCAGAUUGCAUAAAGGGGCAAAUGACAAUGUGAACAGGUUAUAUUUGUUGACUUUAUCAUACAUAAAAUUAUGAAAUAUAAUGGAAUAAAAGUGAUUAGGUUAAAACAUCUCUGCUGUGUUCCUAAGUUAAAGACUUAGCCAUUUUUUAGCCACAGUUUUUGUUGCUAAAAUAUUAAACUAACAUUGGAAAUUUCGAGACUUGAAAUAACUUGACCAUUGAAGCCAACUUUGGACUAGCACAUUCAAGUCUUAAAUGGCAAAAAAAAAAGAAGAAAUAAUUAGACUGUAGUAUGUGAAUAAACUAUUGUAACUUUAUACACUAGUUAGAAAGGACAUCUCAUAGAUUAUCAGUCUUUGAUAUCUCUGCAGUGAUCCAUAAACUGUAUAACUAUAUACCAUUAUUUUCUUCAAAAGGAAUAUAGUUGCUUGUUAUAGAACUUAUAAAUUCUUAAACUUUGUUUCAAAAUGUACUACUUGGGAAAGUGAUUUUCUAAUUAAUUGAAUUAGGAAUUUUCAUGCUAGAAUGAGAUUAUGUACUGUGUUAAUACAGUACAACCACAAAAUGGCCCUGAGCUCUUACUGGUUAGUGACUUGUAAAUAAGAAAAUAAGAGAUGGCUUCAUGUAGAAACUUACCAAAUUCUUUGAGAAUAGACGCAUUAGGAAUGUUAGUAAUAAUAGUAGUGGCAAUAAUAGAUUAUUUGGUUCAUAUGUCUUUUGCCUGGGAUACAGUAUUUCCAGUAUGAAGAUUUUACCCUUAUGCAAGUCUCAUAUAUCGUGAACUCAAAGGAAAUCUCAGAUCUCUUCUGUAUUACUGGAUAGCAUACAUACAUAGACAAUGUUCACUGUUCACAUAUUUUUGUCUUUCUAUUAUCUUACUCAUUUAUUCAAGCUUGUCUGUGAUUAAUAGAAUUGAUGUCAGAUGCAGGAAUUUAUUCUGACCAAUGAACACGGCUGACUCAAGGGAGUACAGUCUUCCUGCCAAGUAAUGGAACAAAACCCAAUAUGCAUAAAACAAAUGCAAGACUCCAGGCUUUAGCUGAAGGAAGCAACUACCUGUAUAAUAACAAAGCAGCAGAAGCUAUUUCUCAUGUGGCUGCAUAGGCCAUAUAUUAUCUCUAAUCUCUAAUGUAGCUUACUGGUUUGAUUUUUUUAAAAACAAGAUUAGAAUUUUUCCUUUGUAAAGAAAAGUCAGGAGAAGGGGCUUCAUUAAUGUUUUGUACAACGCUAAGAAUUAAUUACAAUUAUUUUUGUUCAAAGUGAAUAUGAAAUACUGUCCUUGCCAAUAUAUAGCACAGUCUAGGAGUAAUUGUUAUUAAUUUUAUUCCUCUAACAGACAAUUGUCUUAAUAAACCAAGUUAUUCUGAAUAAAGAAAAUUCCCUUAAAUAUUAGUGACAGCUAUCACACAGGUAUGGCUAGAAAGUCAGUGAUUUUCUUAACAGCAUUAAGGUAAAUGAUGUGGAAGACUUUUUUUUUUUUGGCACCACGGAUCAAACUCAGGACCUGUGCUUGCCAGGCAGGUGCAGAACUCCUGAGCUACAUCCCCGGCCUAAAAGACUCAAGUACGAAAAUAUUAACCAAGAAGUAUUUUAUCCAGCCAAAAUGUAAUAAUCUCUUUUCUCAAAUUGAAAAAGAAAUGUGUGACACAUCUGUAGCUUAUAAUCAGUUUAAAAUCUAAACUUAUGUUGACCUCUUUCAUAUUAGCCACAACUUAGUCCAAGAGCUUCCCUUGAAAUUAUUUAUUUUUUAUAAGAUAAUCUAAUUCAGUUCUAUAACUCAGUCAUACAAAGAGAACACAAAGUCACCCGUGGUUCCCAGAGUUACUACCUUGAGGUAAAAUUUGUAUCCCUACAAAGAUUUUCUUACUGCCAAAAUGAGUUCAUAUGUAGAGCAGGUAUAUAAAUGAAACAUUAGAAAACAAAAAAUUCAGAUUUCAGAGCUAAGUAACUAAAUCAUGACAAAAGAGAAAUGAUUUCAUCCAGUAAAGCUACCUGGAAAAGGUAAAUCUUAAGCAGAAAAAAAAAAGUCCUACAUAUUUGUAUAUAUUGUCAAUUACGAACAGGGAACAAAUACAAGCAAAGGCACUAAUAAGCAAAAUACAUGUGAGGCAGAUGUACUAGUCUCAUAAGUAGAUGUGAGUAUGUUGAGGCAUGAAUAUUCUAAAGACUACGAUUGAUUAGUUUUUGUCAUGAGAAAGAAGGAUGAAUGUAUGCUACAAUAUGGUUUGUCUAUGUACUUGUGGAAAAUGCAACAUAUGUAAUUAAAUUUUACAUAUAAGACUGAAGUUGGGCACUUUAAAAGUAUUUGAAAGCACAGAUUAUAUAUUUCACUAACUUCUUAACUGUUUUGCCAUUUCUUCAUUUGAGUAAUUAAAACCAAGAAUUAAGCUUCUGUGCUUUAGGUAAUGCACCAGUAACAAAAGGCCAAUGGAGAAAUAUUAGCUUGUUUGCCUCCUUGCUGUGUACUCUUUUAGGUUUCUAUAAGCUUUACAUUUGCUCUAGUAAUCUCCCUUGUGAUCGGUGGCCUAGGAAAAAUGUGGUUUCUGUGUAUUUCAAGUAAAAGUAAAUUAGCUCAUUUCAUAUUUCAGUCAGGUAAAGUGCAGAACUUCAACAUCCAGUGAUUCUUUAGGGUCCUAUUUCAUUUCAUUGAAUACCUUUAAAAAAAGAUCUAUGCAUCUCAUGGGAUUGGGGCCAAAGUUAAAUCUUGUCUUAGUGGAUAAUUUCUAUUUAUGAUUCUAAUGAAGAUUAAAAAUAUACGUAAAAUUUAUUUAUAAACUAAUACGGGGGUUGCAGUGAACAGCUAAUAGCUCUUGGGGGGGCUAAAAAGAACAAUUUUUAAUACAAAUAAAAGCUUGGCAUGGGCCCAAAUUAUUCCAUUGAGACAGAAAUUUGUUAUAGUAGCUCCUGAGUCUACUGCUUUACAAAAUGACAGUUCCCAUUUAUAAAGAUGACUUUUUAAAAUGAAAUUUUCAGUAGCUAAUUUACCAAGUUAGGAAAUAAAUAGCUGCUGAAAAUUUUCCAUCAAAGAUAUAAGGUUGAUUCAUAUAAAUAUCUCCCUAUCCAAAUAAGGCUUUACUACUACCUACUAGUUAAAGAGCAUUUAUCAAGUCUUGAAGCACUUUCCUAUAUACUCACGAUAUUCAGUAAAUCCUCACAGUAACUGAAAUUUAUUUCUACAGUUACAUAGUUAGUAAGAGGUAGGAAGGAUUCUGAUUCAUAGCCUUCUGCUAUACUGAUAGUUACUAAUAUCUUUGAAGGUUUUUAUUCCUACUUAUUACUUUCCAUUCCCAUGAUUAGCCAUUAGCCUAUAUAAUACAAGAACAGACUAUCCAUAUGUAACUCUGAAAAUUAUUAGUACUGUUACGGAAUUAUAGUUGUGGAAACACUUGUAAAAAAAACUCCAGAAUGACCAGAAAUACCAUGUUGCAUUUCA